AUGGAAAUUGAAACAACUUUCUCCCAUGUUGCACCACCGAUUUUUGAUGGUGAUAACUAUCAAGCCUGGGCUGUUAGAAUGAUAGUCCAUCUUGAAGCAUUAGAUCUUUGGGAAGCUAUAGAGGAAGACUAUGAUGUUCCCCCAUUGCCAGCGAACCCUACGAUGACUCAGCUUAAGACCCACAAAGAGAGGAAGACCAGGAAGUCCAAAGCUAAAGCCUACUUAUUCUUUGUUGUUUCAAGCACUAUAUUUACAAGAAUCAUGAACCUGGAGUCAGCAAAAGAUAUUUGGGACCACCUCAAAAAGGAAUACCAAGGCAAUGAAAGAACCAAAAAUAUGCAAGUACUCAACUUGAUAAGGGAGUUUGAAAUGCUAAAAAUGAAGGAGACAGAAACCAUCAAAGACUACUCUGACAAGUUGUUGGGCAUAGUAAACAAGGUGAGGUUGCUUGGUAAGGAUUUCUCUGAUGAACGAAUUGUGCAAAAAAUUCUUAUAACUCUGCCUGAAAAGUAUGAGUCUAAAAUUUCUUCAUUAGAAGAAUCCAAGGAUUUGUCAAGCAUAUCCUUGGCAGAAUUGGUGAAUGCAUUGCAGGCACAAGAGCAAAGGAGAAUGAUAAGAAAAGAAGAAUCGAUGGAGGGUGCUCUUCAAGCAAAGGCAGAAAAUUCAGGAGGAGGCAAAGACAAGAAAAACAACAAUAAGAAGAAGAACAACAAGAUUGACAAAAACAAGGAUGGAACCUAUCCACCUUGCCCACACUGCAAAAAGACAAAUCACCCACAAAGGAAGUGUUGGUGGAGGCCGGAUGUCAAGUGCAGGAAAUGUGGUCAGAUUGGACACAUGGAGUAG